AUGUCCAACCCAAGUGCUGUCACCAGAACGGCUCCUAUCGCCAUCGCGCCAAAGCCUCCGCGCCGUCAAAACUCUUAUCUCCAGGAAAGCUUCACGAACCUGGACCUCUUCCGCGGAAGCAUGCCAGGCCGGGAAAUCGCCGAGUCCGUCGGCUCCUACACAACACGCUCUCUCAGUCCAUGCGAAUCGUGUCAACGAUCCAGGGUCAAGUGCAUUGUCAGCGAAGACGACGAUAGCUGCAUACCCUGCCAAGCUAGCGGCUCAGACUGCUCCCUGCUCAACAGCCCGCAGCCCAGGAAACGAAAGCUGAACGGAGAUUUCGACGACUCGAUUGGUAAAAGAAGCCUCUCCAGCACCACAGGGAGCAGCUCCUUCAUUGAAGACAUGGCGAAUGUCGGAGGCCCGACUCUGCUGAAGCGGACGCUGGGUCUCCAAAGUGACCGCUUCAGUCAGUACAUCGGCCCGACCACCGACUUCGAGCCUUCUCUCAUCAACCUCUCACCCUUUGAUCCCCAAGAUGAGAGUCUUCUGGCGCGUGGCACCCUCCGCAAGGUCAGCGAUGACGACACCUUCCUGCUACUACCGGACUUCAACACCCCGGGCCAUGAGCACAUCCUCGAAGAUGUCGAGGAAAUCGAGAACCUCGUACGGCCGCAUGGCCGCAAACUGGUAGACCUCUACUUCCGCAUCGUCCAUCCGGCCUUUCCGAUCAUCCAAAAAACCGUCUUUCUCGAAAAAUACGACCGCAGCUACCGCGAGUUUUCUCCUUGUUUACUGGCUGCUGUCUACCUGUUUGCCAUCAACUGGUGGGAGCAUGAUGAAGAGCUCGCGCGACUGCCCCGACCGAACAUCUCCAACCUGGAGCGGCUAAUCCGGACAACUCUCGCCGACGCCAUGUACAGACCGAAGCUUUCCACCAUCCAGGCCGGCCUCCUUCUUUCCCAGCGACCCGAGGGCGACCAGUGGGCUCCGACUGCUCAGCUUGUUGCCAUCGCCCAGGAGCUCGGCCUGCACCUCGACUGCACCAACUGGAAGAUACCGCCCUGGGAGAAGGGGCUGCGGAAACGUCUCGCGUGGGCUUUGUACAUGCAGGAUAAAUGGGGCUCUCUCGUUCACGGCCGGCCAUCGCAUAUCUUCUCAUCCAACUGGGGAGUGCAGCCGCUGACGCAACACGACUUCCCCGAUGUCGAGUGGGACGAGAACGAUGUAGAGGAGAAGCUGGAGAUCGAACGCGGACGUACCUUGUUCGGGCAGAUGGUGCAGCUUACGCAGAUUCUCGCCGAGAUUCUCGACACCUUUUACACAUUACAAGCCCAGCAGACCGUCACCAACGCCGGUGGACAAGGCACCCACCUUGUUCUUUCGAUGGCGAAGCCUAUCCAGCUGAAGCUGAAAGAGUGGUACGCCAGCUUGCCCGCAGCGAUCCGUAUGGAUAACUCCUACUCGGCCAACACUGUCCCUUCGACCCGUCUGUCUAGCAUCGGCUACCUCCACCUCGGCUACUUCGCCACCGAGAUCACCCUCCACCGUCGCAUCAUUCGCUCCCUGGAGGCCACCGGCUCGGCCGUCGAUUCCUACGUCCAGCACAUCUGCCGCAGCGCCGCCAAGGCCAGACUGAUCUCCGCUAUGGAUUUCGUCAACCGCCUGAACUCUUCCCACCUGCGCUCGUUCUGGUACUUCGCCUCCAAGACCAACUUCGCCCUCAUCGGAACUUUCGGCUCCCUCCUUUGGGCGACAUCUCCAGGCAGGGAAGAGGCCGACUGGUACCGCCGCCGCUUGGGCGAAUAUCGAUGGACUCUCUCCGUGAGCUCGAAGCCGGGCGAAGGCAAGGGUCUAACCAACUUCGCCAUGACCAUGCUCGACAUCUCCACAGGUCUUCUCAAGAAGCUUCCCGAGAAGCCGUCGAUGAGCCGCAGCGGCAGCGUCGUGGAUAUGGGGCCUGGAGGUUUCAGCAGCAGCUUCGGAAGCAACGGGCUCCUGGCCCUCGGCCAGAGCGCGCCGCCGACCAUCAGCCUGGGAAGCUUCAGCGGGCUGCCCAGCGCCGACGUGAGCAACGCCCAGAGCCCCCGGAGCCCCAGCGCGGACAGCAGCGACGACGAGAUGUACGAGACCUUUGCGCCGACGGCGGGCAUGGCGAGUAUGGCCGAUUGA